UACUAAAAGUACGAACGCAACGAUAUUAUAUAUUAUAGUUGUACCUCGGAACUGAUCAUGGAUUCUUGUCGUGAACCGGCAUUUGGGGCAACUACCGUAAUGAAGCUACCCCACAAUACAAAAACCUUCGUGCAUUCCGCCAUGACGAACCUUAACCGGACGCAGCUCUUGCGGCUUCUUCUCUGUGACAGCAACUCCCAACCCGCCAUACCACAAUGAAGCGUCCACUCUCCACCCGCCUGCUAUUACAGCUUCAGUCCCCCACCCGCAAACUCGCCAAUCCAUACAUCUGCACCUCCUGCCUCCAAUCCCGACGUGCCCUCUUCUCCACCAGCCCCCGCCACAAUGCAAACCCCCCACCUCCUCCGCAAUCGAGCUACACCCUCCUCCCCUCGCGGCGCCUGAUCUCGCUCUCCGGCCCCGACGCGCCACACUUCCUCCAGGGCGUCAUAACCGCCAACAUCGCGCCGUCGACGCCGCGCACGAGCGGGUUCUACGCCGCUUUCCUCAAUGCGCCAGGCCGCAUUCUGAAUGAUGUCUUCAUCUACCCCGAUUCGAAUAAUCUGCUGAAGGGGAAGUAUGAUGGGAGUGGAGGGGAGAAUUGGAUCGUGGAGGUUGAUGCGCAAGGGGCGGAGACGCUGUAUAAACACUUGAAGCGGUUUAGGCUGAGGGCGAAAUUCGAUAUUAGGUUGUUACCUGAAGACGAGAUGCAGACCUGGAGUUUGUGGAAAGAGGACAAGUCAAAGGAGGUUGGGAUGGGGUGGACGCCACACACUAUCCCCACUGAGACCGUCCCAGCCCCAGCUGGUCACAUUGAGUGCGUCGACACCCGGGCCCCGGAGAUGGGCAAGCGACUCUUGCUUCUUGACGGCUCCAAGCCACCAGCAGAAGAGACGGAGGGGCUGGUGGAGACAGAUGAGAUGAGCUACACGAUCUGGCGGUACCUGAAGGGCGUUGCGGAGGGCCAGGAUGAGAUCUUGCGUGAAUCUGCUCUGCCGCAGGAAAGCAACAUCGAUUACAUGUCCGGCAUUGACUACCGCAAGGGCUGCUAUGUGGGCCAGGAACUGACAAUUCGCACACACCAUACUGGGGUGGUGCGGAAGCGUAUCUUGCCUGUUCAGCUCUAUGGUGCUAAAGAGGACGAACCGCAGACUCUGGAGUAUAAGCCGGAGGUGGAGAUUGCGGCGCCGCCUGCGGAGACACAAAUUGGGCGCUUUGAGAAGAGGGGACGAAGCGCUGGGAAGUGGUUAAAGGGAGUUGGCAACGUGGGAUUGGCACUGUGCCGGCUGGAGAUUAUGACGAAUGCAAUGCAGGGUGAAGGGGCGGGGUACAAGGAAGGGGAUGAGUUCAAAUUCGAAUGGAAGACUGGGGAUGGAGCGGAGAACUUGGUGAAGGUUAAGGCAUUUGUGCCUGCGUGGCAUCUGUCGAAGUAGAAGGGCUGCUGUACAUUAAGAUUGGCUGCGGUAGGCUUGUACGUUUAAGUGCUCGAAGCUUGAUGAGAGACUGGGCAAUGUACGAAUAGGAGUAUACGAUAUAGUAUAUAUGAAUCUCGUCUUUG